GCUCCACUUACUAAAUAUCCGAAAAUUUUUGGUCCGGUUCGACUCUAAAAAGAACUGAAUUGGACCAUGCACAGCCCUAAGCUAGAUCUCAUCUAGCUAUUAAUUUUAAAUGUAAACUAUUUCAUCAUUAUAUUGUUAGAACCGAAUUGGACUAUGCCCAGCCCUAAGCUAGAUCUCGUCUAGCUAUUAAUUCUAAAUGUAAACUAUUUCAUCAUUAAAUUACGAUAGAGUAUGCAUAACAUCUCAGUUAUCUACUGCAAUUAGUAUGACACUAAAAGCUUGAACUCUUGCAGAUAAAUUGUAUGUUGAUGUGCUCCCCUUGUUCAGAAUUUACUAUUUGAACUGCUAUAAUGUCUAUAGUUCACUGGAAGAUCUUUGGUAACUGAUUGAAUUGUUGUUUGGUGGCUGAUGUUUUAUUUGGAAUUUACAGGUCUCCUAUUAUUUCAGGAAGCCCUGUCCCAAUGAUAUUGUGAUCUUUAAAAGCCCGCCAGCCCUUCAGGAAGUUGGAUACACAGACGAAGAUGUAUUUAUUAAACGUAUUGUUGCCAAAGAAGGUGAUAUGGUGGAGGUUCAUGAUGGAAAACUGGUUGUAAAUGGGGUUGUAAGGAAUGAAGAUUACAUUCUUGAAGUACCCAAGUAUGAAAUGAAUCAAAUUCGUGUACCAGAGAACUCUGUUUUUGUGAUGGGCGAUAAUCGAAAUAACAGCUAUGACUCGCAUGUCUGGGGUCCCCUCCCCUCGAAGAAUAUUUUAGGAAGAUCUGUGUUUCGAUAUUGGCCUCCGACCAGAGUUGGUGGUACAAUUCUUCCAGAUGGCUGCAAUACUGAAAAACAGGAGAAUAGUUUAGCUUCUCAAUGAUAUUGCCAUCGUUGUCAAUUCAGUUUCAAAAUUCGAAG